GUGAAGUGCUCAUCUCUCCACACUGUUUGCAUUAGUUGUUUUGCUAAGAACGGAGCAGAGGAUUUCAAUAUGGCACUUACAGAGUGCCAAAAGGACCUUCUGGUGAUUUAUGAAACUAGUGCAGAAGACUGGGCUAUUUAUAUGAAAGAGUUGCUGGAACCUAGUUUAAAUGUGAAUGGAAUAUCACUUUAUAACCUGGAUUCUGAAUCAGAUGAGUGCCUUUAUCAUUGUGCAUUUCGGUGUAAAUUGCUAUUGCUGACAAAUGUCUUGCUGGAAAACUUGAAGGAAAGUAGUACUCAUUUUUGUGAGCUAUUACAACCUUCAUGCAAUUUAAUUAUUUUGCUUUGUGGCCUUGAGACACUGGAUGGAUUUUAUGAGCUGGUUCCUAUAGACAGAAAUUCUCAAGUCUUAUUUACUGACCAAGAACCCCAAGAUUAUAUCUCUGUUGUGCUGUGCGUUGUACAUGAAGAUGAUCAAGAUUACCGGGAUACAGAUAUACAUUGCCUCCUAGAUUCUCCCAUGGAGGAUGAAGAUUUUAAAAGUAGAGAAAGCACCAAGAAGACAAACAGUACAGUGCCCUCUGCUUUAGUGCUUCCACAAAGAAUUCAAUGUGAGAAUCCAAAGGAAAUUGUUAUUGUGCUAACAGAAGAAAUACCGACCACUUCAAAGGUAGAAAUUGAAUUCUGCACAGAAAAUCAACUAAUUAGAAGAGAAGCAACCCAGUGGAAUGAAAAAGUUCUGUCUCUAAAGGCUUUGGAGUUCCCCGCAGGAUCAGUUACUGUAAAUGUCUGUUGUGAAGAUGUUAUAAGAGCCAGUACAGAAAUUGAGUACUAUACCCUGACUGGGGAACUGGAACUGAUGCUUAGAAAAGUUGUUGAUCCGAUAGCUUUCAUUUGCCAGGCAUUUAAUGUUUAUUCCAUUGAAGAUCUUGAUAUGGUGUUGAUGAAAUCCCUACGGAAUAGGAUGUCUUCUUGUGAAUUCAACCUUCAUGAAAUUAACCAGUGCACAAAUGCAAAUAUUGAAGAAAUACCCACCCUUCUUCACUGUGCAGCCAAGUUUGGGCUCAAAGAGGUGACAAUUUUACUAAUGGAGUGUCCUGGAGCAGAUCGUAUUUUAAAUAUAACAAACAAAUAUGGAGAGGAUCCAGCUACAAUAGCUGACAAACAUGGCCACAGAGAAAUUAAGGAAAUCAUCCAUAAACUGUCACAAAAAGUCAAUGCAAAAGCGUCUGAUCCACAAGAAAGAAUCGAGUUGGAACAGGAAGAUGUUUACGUUGAUAUGGUCAUAAAUGCUGAAGCUCAGCAUGGGGAGGAGUCAAUUGAUGACAUCAUGAAUGAGAACCAGAACAAUGUGCUUGAAGAAGGCCUGAGCGUACAGUCCAUGCAGGACUACAAAGAAGAAGAAGAAGAAGAGAGUCUAUUUCAUUUCCAAGAAGAUAGCUUUAGUGAGGAAUUGAAUGUGAAUGAUGAUUAUUGUUUUUCAUUUCCCGCUGGAUGUGAGUCAGGUCCCUUUGAAAAGGAAAACGAGUAUAAAAUAUUGCAAGAUCAACAGGGCUGCCAAGAUAAGGAUGAUCAAGUGUAUUUGGAUGACAGUGCUUAUGAAGAUUUGGAAAAUAAAUAUAAAAAAGAUGUGCACCCACAACGUUCUGAACUUGCUGUCGAAAAUAUAUACACAAGUAUGCAACAAAGUACAAUAUCUGAAGAAAGCAUAAUGAUGUACAAUGAAAGCUUUGCUGUCACGAUAUGUUCAUCUGAGAGUGCUCCACAAACUUUUCAGGAAGCAAUGAAUGAAGAAAACAUCCUGAACUUAACAGAAGAAAAAGAAAAACAGAGAGAGCAACAAGGAACUUUUAGUCCAUACAGUCCUCUACCACCUGAACCAUCAUUUAUUGAAGAAGAGGAGGAGGAUGAUAAUGAUGAUGAUAAUGUAUCACAUAUUGCUCAAGGGGCAGAAGAAGAAUGCAAUGAACAUGCCUCAUGGUGUGAGCAAGAGUGUGAGCAGAGGGAAGAAGAAACCAAUGAUGAUAAUGAAGAACAAUAUAUAGCGGCAACUGAUGACAGUUUGUACAUAAUAUUUGAAGCUGCCAGUAAAAGCCAAAGGGAGCAAAAAUCUUUCAAAUGGGCUGAUCCUCUACCUGAUAAACCACCAUUACAUUCAGAUGACAAUCCAUCAUUUAUUGCUGAAGAAAAAGGGGAAGAAAACAACAAGGAAUAUGCAUUCAGUGAGCACAUUUGUGAACUAGAUGAAGGAGGCAACGAUAACGCAGAACCAAAUAUAACAGCUACUACUGAUGAUGAUUUGUACAUAGUUUUUGAACCUAUGAACAAAGAGCCACAAAGAAGACAGCAGUCACCUGAUCUCUCCUUACCUGCAGCAGAAGAAUAUGGUUUGUCAUCCUUUGCACAAGCAAGUCAAAGCACCGAUCAGAACAUAUGGCUGGAUGAGUACACUGACGAAAUGGAAUACAUUUACUUUGAGGAAGAUCCAUAUAGCUUAGUUUACAACGAUGAUGAGAGCUUAUACAUUGAACUUCCUAUGGAAUCUACAGAAGAACCCAAAAGAGAGAGAAAAUCUUUUAUUAUCCACAGAGCUCCAGCCCCAGCUCCACGUGUAGAUGUUCCAGCCAUAGAAAACGAACCCUCAUACAUUUCUCAAGUUUUUAAACAAAAGCAAGAAGAUAGGACAAUAUAUGGAACUGGCAUGCCACAAGGGUUGCAAAAAAAAGACGAGGAUAAGAAUGUGUAUGGUUUACCUCAAAGGUUUCAACAACGAGAACAGGAAAAGAAAAUGUGUGCCACAGUUCUACCAAAAAAUAAAGACAAACAGCAAGCAAAUUAUGAGGAUUACAGUAUUUCCCAACAGUGUGUGCCCUCUGGGCAAGAGGAGUUGAUAUUACUUCAAGAGAAGGUGAAAUGUGGUGUUAUGAGCAUGGAUGAAGCACUUGAAAAAUUUCAGCAGUGGCAAAAUGAAAAGAGCGAAUUAGACCGUCUGCAAAAGGAGAAACUACGGCAACUACGUGACAGUAUUAUUGGGGAUAAGAUAGAAGAUGAUCGAUUAUAUGAUAAAAUUACUAUUGUACAUCAACCAAAGGUUUCAGAUGCUCAUAUGAAGAGAAGUCAUGGGGCUUUAGACAACAGCAUUUACCAAACACCAUUUAUUCCCUCAACACCCCACACGGCUGUGAAAAAAGACAAUUAUAUUCCAUUUAAACACCACCCAAAAUAAUGCUUGGUUCUUCAUAAGAAGGAUCAUCUUCUGUCACCUAAUCUCAUGUGAUGGGUAUAAUUUUAAAACCUUAAGCCUACAUGCCCAAGGACCAAAUGGAUGAAGAGCCACCAUACAUACUGUAUAUACACAAUAAUAGUACAAAAUAAUAUUAUGCAUGUUUUUUUUAUUCAUUAUACAUGUAUGUGAACUGUGAACAGUGUGAACUGUUCAGACAUAUCCAAAUCUCCCAUUUCUAUAGGUCUUAAAAGCAAUGAAGCCCCACUCAAGAAACUCUUAAGAAACAGAAGCAACAAUUCUCAUAAUGUAUUUGGUUAAAUUUCCUUACUGUAUACAUAUGUGAAAUAAGGACAAGGAAAAAAAUCUAAAACUCAAUUGGGAUGAACAUAUAAGCAUUGCAUUAUUUGCUUUUAGAUCAUGAAUAAGAUGUUAAAA